AUGAAAUACUCGAACAUUAUCUUGACCGCCGGAACCUUGGCUAUGGGCGUUGCCGCUCAAGUCAGUUCCAACGGAUCUGCCAUAUUCCCCUUAAGCAAUGACACCGAGUUCGCAUUUAUGCUGGAAGCUACACUGUCUCUUUCCAACAAUUUCGGAGCAAACACUGGUGAAGUUCUUCGAGCUGCUAGUCAGAUCAUUCCCGGAGACUUCGACAGCUGGUACAGAGAGUUCAUAUUUCUCGCGAAUUGGAUACAUGACAAAGCAGAAGCCAUCAAUGCCAAGCGCUUUCCUGUAUCAGCUCGCGAAGCAUACUUUCGAUCUGCCACCUACUACCGUGCUGCUACCACUUUCCUAUACGCCAACAUAAGCGAUCCACGGAUUUAUUCAGUCUGGGAUGCUGCAUUGGGAGACUUUGACAAAGCCAUCUCUCUGCUUCCAGUCCCAGCCGAGCGAGUGAAUAUCUCAGCCACAAACUUCACUAUACCUGCCGUCUUCUACUCUGCCCAAAGUUCAGUAGAUACACGCAGCAACCAUGAACAGAAUCCUUCCAAUUCCACAAAGCGUCCUACAGUAAUUGUAGGUAGUGGAUACGACGGCUCACAAGAAGAGCUGUACCACUCAAUUGGUCGAGAAAUACUUGACCGCGGCUGGAACUUCAUAACAUACGAAGGCCCAGGCCAGCCAACCGUUCGCCGGCAGCAAGGACUGGGAUUCAUUCAUGACUGGUGGGAAGUUGUCACUCCUGUUGUUGACUAUUUGUCAGAGCGUCAUGACGUUGAUACGGACCAAAUGGCCCUUAUUGGGGUCUCGUUUGGUGGGACAUUGGCACCGCUUGCCGCCUCUCGUGAACACCGUCUGUCCGCUGUUAUAGCAAUUGACGGACUUACUGAUUUUUUUGGCGCACUCCAAAGCCAGUUUCCACCGCAAAUUAAUUCGCUUUUCGAAAGUGGCAAUAAGACAGAGUUUGACGCAUUGAUGCUCUCCUUUAUUGACAAUACGUCUAUCCCAACUGAGCUACGAUGGUUGAUUGCCCAGUCAUUGUGGGUUUUUAAAACUCCAAGUCCCUACGAAUGGUUGACAAAGCUGCGAGAAUUUAAAGUUGACCAAACCGUGGCUAACGGUAUUCAUUGUCCGGUGCUCGUGGGCGAAGGAGAGAAUGACAGCUCGGCACCGGGGCAGGCCGAAGAGAUGAUGCAGUUUCUCGGAAAGAAAGCCACUUACAAUUUGUUCAAGACAGACUUGGGCGCUGGUGAGCAUUGCCAGCUCGGAGCAGAAGCACAGGUUGCACAGGUCACACUUGACUGGCUAAGUGACAUUUGGGAGGGUAUCAGCGUCCCUCAAAAUAUCACUGGCGGCGUUUACUAA